ACCAACAACUGGCCACCAGAACAUUUUAUAUCUAUGGGCCAAGCGACAGCAGCGACAGUUUAAAAACAAUUUCCUCAAUACGUCUAUCAGUUGCUCUUAAUGCUAAGUUACCUCAAGAAAUAGGUUUUAAAAGGAUAUCGCCCCACUGCAGCUCAAAUUUGGUUGCAUUGUAAUAUGAUCUGGAGAGGAAGAAAGGAGAACAAAUAGCCAACAGGUGUUACAGGUUUCACUUGUAGAAAUUGAGCAAGAAAAUGGAUAACCAAAAAGUGAGGGACUAUGAAACCAUGACAUCUUUCCUUGGAUCCUGGGGUCCUUUUCAAAGAAGGAUUUUUUUAGCCCUUGCCAUCAGCAUUAUUCCAAAUGGAUUCGUUGGUGUGUACAUCGUCUUUGUUGGUGACACCCCUCCUCAUGAAUGCAACAUCCCUGAGAACGUGACCAUCAGUGAGAUGUGGAGAAAUGUAACAAUUCCGCUGGAAAAGGUUGAUGGUGUUGUAAAGCGCAGCUCGUGCUGGAGGCUUAACCUGGAAGCAGUAAGGAACUACUCUCAAAGGAACUUCAUCCCAAAUGUUGAUGUGAACGUAAGUGAAAUUCCCUGGGAGACGUGUCUGGAUGGAUGGACUUACAGCAAAACAAUCUAUCAGUCAACUAUUGUUACAGAGAUGUGUCUGACUUUGCAGUGGGACUUGGUAUGUGAGAAUCGAUACAAAAAUCCACUGACUACUGCUAUUCAUUACAUUGGCGUGUUGUUAGGAGUACUGUUCUCAGGCCAUCUGUCUGACAGAUUUGGAAGGAAGCUCCUCCUUUUUAUCAUGAUGGCUGUUCAAACUGUGGGGCUCACAGCACAGAUCUUCUCUCCAAGCUGGGAGGCCUUUCUUCUAAUCUACUUUAUUGUGGGUGCCGGAGAAUGCUCCAACUAUGUCAUUGCAUAUGUUUUGGGAGCUGAACUUCUAAGCUCUAAAACCAGAGUGGUUUUCAGCUCUCUUGGAGUAUUUAUGAGCUCAGCAUUGGGAUACAUGGCAAUGCCUGCUGCAGCCUUCUUUCUCCGUGAUUGGCGGAUGCUACUGAUUCCCAUGGCUGUCUCUGGCCUGAUCUACAUUCCGUUGUGGUGGUACAUCCCAGAGUCUCCUCGCUGGCUGCUGUCUCAAGGAAGAGUGUCUGAAGCUGAAGCUAUUCUUAAAGAUGCAGCAAAGCAGAAUAAAGUAGAGGCACCAGAAGCCAUAUUUACACAGUCAGAGGUGGGUAAAGUUUUGACAGUGCAAAACAAGAAGGUUGACAUUUUGGUUUUGCUGAAAAGCUGCAAUAUCUUCACUACAACAUUGAUUUGUUCAAGUCUGUGGAUGGUCAUCUCCAUGAACUACUAUUCUUUAACUCUCAACACUUCAAAUCUACAUGGUGACCCUUACCUGAACUGCUUCCUGUCUGCUGCCACAGAGAUUCCAGCAUACCUCAGUGCCUUGUUGCUGCUCCACUACUGCUCCAGACGCCUCUGUCAGUCUUCAACUCUCUUACUUGGAGGCGUAAUGAUCAUUUGUGUUAACCUUACAGAUUUACCCAGUGUGGCUGUUCUACUUGAGAUGAUAGGAAAAUUUGGAAUCACAUCAGCCUUCUGUGUUGUGUAUGCCUUUACGGCAGAGCUCUUCCCAACUGUCAUCAGGAAUACAGCCAUGGGAUGUUGCUCCACAGCUGCACGGAUCGGCACCAUCAUCUCCCCCUUUAUCAUUUAUUUGGGGAUAUACCACAAGGCCCUUCCAUACAUUGUGAUGGGCAUUAUUGCCAUUUCUUGUUCUGCGUUCUGCUUCAUGCUGCCUGAAACCCACAGGAAAGCUUUCCCAGAGACCUUAGCAGACAUGCAGCAGGUAUAUGGGAAUUGUGGAAAAAAGGAAGAGGAGGCAGAAAACGAAGAUAACACACAUCUUUAGUGUAUAAAUCUCUUGGUUGUUAUUGUUGGAUGGAUUAUAUGCAUUUGUUGGACUCGUCUUAAAUACUAGCUGAAAAUAACAGGUUAAAACUUAUAUUAGUUUUUAUCAUAAAUUUUUUAGGGGUAUUAACAUUACAAUAUAAUUAAUAGUAAUAUUAGAACCAGCAGUGUUGUUAUUAUCAUGAGAUGAUAUUAUUGUCAUCACUAUUUUUUUACAACUUUCUCAGGAUUUUAUGAAUAGACCAACAGCAAGUAGCUCUUAAUUGGGAAGGGAACUGAAAAUCUGAAAUCUGUGUAUAUCAUUAGCAUCCAUACCCUUUACUUUGAGA